AUGGCGAAUGGAGGUUUCCCUUUUCAAAUGCCAAUGCUCACAAAGAACAACUAUGACAAUUGGAGUAUCAAGAUGAAGGCGCUACUAGGAGCUCAAGAUGUGUGGGAUAUCGUUGAGAAAGGCUUCAAUGAGCAAGAUGAAGCCUCGCUAAGCCAAGGUGUAAAGGAGACAUUGAGGGAGUCAAGAAAGAGAGACAAGAAAGCUCUCUUCCUCAUUUAUCAAUCGGUGGAUGAAGAUACAUUUGAGAAGAUCUCCAACGCAACGACGGCCAAAGAAGCAUGGGACAAACUUCAAACUUGCAACAAAGGAGUGGAACAGGUGAAAAAGAUUCGUCUUCAAACUCUUAGAGGUGAUUUUGAACGUUUAUUUAUGGAAGAGUCCGAGUCAAUUUCUGAUUAUUUUUCUCGAGUAUUAGCCGUAGUCAAUCAACUUAAAAGAAAUGGUGAAGAUGUUGAUGAGGUAAAAGUCAUGGAGAAAAUACUUCGCACUUUAAAUCCAAGUUUUGACUUCAUUGUUACCAACAUUGAAGAAAACAAGGAUUUAAAGACCAUGACUAUUGAGCAACUCAUGGGUUCCUUACAAGCAUACGAAGAAAAACAAAAGAGAAAAAUUAAACAAAAGGAGGCCAUGGAGCAACUACUACAACUCAACAUAAAGGAAGCAAAUUAUGCGAAUUACAAGAGCCAAAGAGGACGAGGUCGUGGCCAAGAUCGUGGGCGUGGGUGA